AUGCAAUCCAAAAGUGACAGUAAAUUAAUCAAGGUAUCUAGUGAAUUAAAGAAUAAAUCAGAAAUAACAACAGUUAUAAAAGGGAAACAAAUUCCAUCAACAAAAGUUCCAACAAUAAUGGCAGUUCCUCAAUUCUUAUUUAUAUUGUGUAUUCGACGAUUUUCACAGAACGUACCUACAUAA